AUGCGGCGAACCCUCUCCUCCACCCCUUCCCAAUAUGCCGCGGCCACCGUCCUGGCCCGGGGCUUCGCUGCGUCUGGUUUGGUGUUUACUCGCGACUUCUCUCGCAUCCGAUGCGCUGGCGACAAUGGAAAGUACCAGAAGGACCGCCGGGUGAAGCGGCUCAAGAACUGGACCCGCAAGCAGGAGAGGCGACAGGCCGAGCGCCAGGCGGCCGCCCACAGGCUCGGCACCGACGACAUCGAGUGGUACGAGGGCGAGUACUACCCGCGCGCCGAGCUGGAGGUGUUCAUGGAGGAGCGGAGGCAGGCCCUGCGCGCCGCCACCGCCCGCAUCUUGCCCGAGAGCGACUCUGCCCCCGCCACCGCCCAGUAG